AUGCCGAUGCCGCUGCGACGCCUCGCCCAAGGGAGGCAAGCCGGGCUUCGUCAAGGUCAUCGACGACUCAUCGCCUGCUCUUCCCCAGAUGUAGCCGGGAACAAGCUCUUCCAGUCCUACCAGAACAUCGAGGCGAGCCCGUAUGUCGGCCUGAUCUUCUUCAUCCCCGGCAUCAACGACACCGUCCGCGUCAACGGCCGCGCCAGCGUCGUCGGUAAGGACGAGCUGGACAAGCAGAACAUUGAGCUUGCCCUCUACGAGACCGACGACAACUCCCGCCACCUCCAGGGCCUGCUCAUCGAGGUGGAGGAGGCCUACAGCCACUGCCCCCGCGCACUCAAGUUCUCCAAGCUGUGGGACGCUGAGGAAGUGGCCGGCAACCGCUCCACCCCUCCCAUCAGUGAGCGUACCGAUGAGAACUACUGGGGCCACGAGGCGGAAAGUUAG